GUGAAUAUUAAGAAACUGAAAAAGAAAUAAGCAAACACUUAAAAAUUAACGGAUGUAUACAGGAAGCGAUUGAUGCAACACGGAAAACAUUUUUGUGCUCAGCAUCGUGUGUCCUCGCUGCAUCCCUAACAUGCGAGCUUAUAAAGAAUCGUCAGGGUUCCUUUAUUCGAAUCUUUUAAGUAUGUCGAGACAAAUUUCUUGUCGCUAUUUGUUAUUUUAUUUGUCUGUGAGCGUAAUCCUAACUUGCGGAUCGUUUCGAAGGAUUCGUAAAGAAGCCUGUCCUUCAUGUAGUCUAGAUUGCCCAGAAGCCUUGACCGUCCAAUUACCAUGGAAUCCUCAUCAAGAAUCAAAUUUGCUUCAAAAUUCUCCGUAUUCUCGCUUGUCACGAGGAGAAAUCUCUCAGAAUAUAGCACGCGAUGAUGUUUCAUUACAUAAAAAAAAAAAUUUGAUGUCUUUCGGAAACUACAGAAGAUUUCAUCAACAAGAACCUGUUAAUCAAGAUUUAUUUGUCAAGAAUUAUUUUAAUAGUUCUCCGCAAUCCUCAGACAGACAAGAAAUAUUUUCUCAAGACGUACCUAUGAGAGGAUAUUCUCAUAUUGUUCCAUCGAGACAAAUUUUCGAAGAAAAUUGGUUUUUCAGAAAUCCUCACAAUAAGUAUUCAGAAUCCUUGUUAGAAGACUAUAAAAGAAUGAAAGAUUAUAAAAUGGAUAAAGAAGAUCCUAUGAGAAAAGUACUAAUGCAGCGCGCCGAUAGAGAUACAAAGUCAUCAGGGAAGUAUUCAGAGGACACUUCUUCAAACGUCAUGCAGUUAGAGAAACCUUUCUCUAAAGUUGAAAAUAUUUACCGACUUCGCCGGGAAGAUAUCCUCGACGAGGAAAAAGAUAUAAUCAAGGAGUCUUCAAAUUCUGCCAGCCAGCUUAGGUAUUCUCCAGAAAGAUAUAGUCCCGUAGGAUUUGGUCUAUCAGAAGUUAAGAAUGAUCCUUAUGUUAAGGAUACAGACAUCUCAAAAUCAACAAAAAAAUUCUUUGAUAAUUGGGACAUCGCUAAGAAUUCACAAUCCUCAAAUUCAAAACAAUUUAGGAACAAUUUCUUAGAACUAUAUCCUGCGAGAAAGCAAGAAAUUAUAGCCAAAGACGAUAAUGAACAAAUCAAUUCUAAUUCUCAUAAUUCUAAGUUCCCUCAGGAUAUAAAUAUAUGGAAAUCAAGAAAGGAUGAAGAAUUGUUCGAUUCUCUGAUGAAAGCAAAUACUAAACCUUUCGAAAAUGAGGAAGACGAUAAAGAUAUGAAAGAAUAUUUUGAAGGCGAGACUGAAUACUUCAUGGAUGACAAAGAUAUGAAAGAAUAUUUUGAAGACGAGACUGAACAUAAUACUAUCAAAACUGGACGAAAUAAUAUUAAUCCUCAUAUGUUUCCUCCGAAUAUUUGGAAAGGAAUAGAGAAUGAAGAAUUCGACGAUUUAAAUUUUAUACGUGAAAACUCGCAAGAGACGGGACAAUUGGGAUUAUAUUCUGAAGAAAAUAAUAAAUAUUUCCAGAACGAGCAAGACGAGGAUCUAAUCUUUCGAGACAAAGCAUACACCAGUACUGAAACUGCUCGUACACCUGUGAUUAAUGCCUAUAAUGCUUAUAUACUUCCUCGCUACUUAAAUAUUGUAAAUGAUAAAAAGUAUCCUACUAAAUCAGAAACGCAGGAAUUAUCAGAAACUAAAAAUAGUAUACAUGCAAAUCCUGUAAAAGAAAUGAAUCACAGGUUCUUCGAAGAUGAGGCUGUUGUUAAAGACAAUAUAAUGAGCAUCAAAGAUCUUAUACAUCCUAAGAAUAUUUUCAAUAUAAAGAAAUACAAUAAUCCUAUUGCCAACAAAUGGAAUAAGAACGAAGUUUUGACAGAACUCGAUCCUGAUAUAUUGGACGAUAUCGAAAAUCCUCCAGUAGAAACAACCGAAUCGGCACUAACAUAA